UAGCGGCUUGCAGGGGUUUGGGAUACCCCCUUUCAAAAGCUAAAACCCUCCUUUUUGUGGGUUUGAAGUUUGAAUUGAGGUGAGGAAGAGGGAGGAGGGAUUUGGGUGUGGAUUGUGGUGAAAAAUUCGGAGGGAUGGAAAGUGGGAGAAGAGUGGAAGCAGGUCCUUCUGCUUCAUGUAUUUGCAGAGAGCAGAUGAUUGCUGCUGCUGAUGCUGAUGGUAGGAGAGAUGAAGCUUCUGAGAAGGAGAGAAAUGAUAAUGAGUUUGUGUUGGAGGAAGAAGAAGAAGAAGAUGAUGAUGAUGAUGAAGGAGAAGUUGGUGUUGGUGGUGGUGGGUUCAUUCCUGGCCCUUUGAUUCCUCUCAAACAACAGAUUGAGAAAGACAAGGAAGAUGAGAGUUUAAGAAGGUGGAAGGAGAAGUUGCUUGGUUGUGUUGAUGGUGAUUUGAAUGAUAAAAUGGUACCCGAAGUAAAAUUCCAUUCCAUAGGAAUCAUAACUGAGAACUGUGCAGAGAUAACUACACCCUUACCUAUUAAUGAGAAUCAGAGCAGAGUCCUGUUUACUCUUAGAGAAGGAUCCCAGUAUUGUCUCAAGUUGACAUUCAGUGUUCAGCACAACAUUGUCUCUGGCUUGACCUACUCAAAUACAGUUUGGAAGGGAGGGCUUCAAGUUGAUCAAAGUAAGGGCAUGUUGGGUACCUUUGCUCCGCAGCGGGAUCCCUAUGUACAUAGCUUGGAAGAGGAGACUACUCCAUCUGGUGUGCUUGCACGGGGAAUUUACUCAGCAAAGCUCAAGUUUGAAGACGAUGAUAAAAGAUGCCAUUUGGAACUUGAUUAUUCCUUUGAGAUCAAGAAGCGCUGCUAACAGGACCCAUCACGCCAAAUUUCCAGAUGGAUAGAUUUUUAUUCUGUGAACGCCGAAGCCGAGUGCAGAUAAUUAAUGAAAAUACGAUUUCAGUGUGCCUUUAUUAUGCCAAUUUGUUUAACAUUGUGUUAGCAUCGGCUUGCCAGCAGAUUAUAAUGCCAUGAAAACUCCAGACGUGCGCCCCUCUCCCCCUCUCCCCACGGCCUAUAUUGCAGGAUACCUGUUUUCUACUAAAAGAAAGAUUCUUGAUUAAACUCAAA